UUUUAUAAAGAUAAUAUGGAGACUUGUAACAUUCAUAUGUUUUGUGGUUCCUAUAGCUGGAUAUAUUGAUGUCCCACGUGAUUCAUAUAGAUGUAUUCUUUCCCAGAUUAUAGGCAAUUACGUAUCAGUAAUUCCCCAUAUCCAGGAACGGCAUUCGUUUACCAAGAGUUACAUUACGAUGCUUUUAAGGCCUGUAAAUUUUAAAGUCCAUAUCUCAGAUUUGACUUAUAUUUAUGAUUAUAUAUUAUUAUCCAGCAAGUUGGAUUCUUUUCGCAUGUGAUCAUUAAGCCUAAAAGAAUACCAUAAAAAGAGAAAAAAGAAAAUCAGUUCCUUUAACUAUCUUUGUUUUUUAAUUUUGAAUAAUUUGUCACUGAAAGUCAUGUUACUCCGGAGAUGUGAACUGCUAUAUUUGGUGCGUGGUCAUUACGAUUAGCACGUGGCAUGUCAGUGUCAUAUUAGUUCUAGUCUUUUCAAGUUAUUACUGCAUAUUUGAAUUUGUUUUAAAGCCUUUAUUCGUUUUACGUAGAUUCUCUCUGAAAUACACAACUCACUGUUAGUACUGUGAACUGAUAAAUGCAGUAUUUUAUGAGUCUGCGUGAUGCAAGGAAAGCAAAUUACAGGUUUAGAGUAAUUUAGCUUAGCACGGUAAAUGUCAGCAUUGUUGUUUUAAUAUAGGCUACCCAUUUUAUCAAACCAUUUGCUCAAUUAUAUAUAAAAAGUAGCAUAUAUUCUUCUACAUUAAUAUUAAUUAAUAUAAUAUAAUAAAAGGUAAACAAAUUGCAAGUUUAUAGUUUAAAUACGGGUUUUAAGAUAUUUGCAAAAUGCUGUCGUAGUCCGUCAUGGGUGGACAUUGUCUAACUAUCAAGAUUUCAUGAAGACUGUUCUCACUAGAUAAUCAUUUUGUGAAACGGACAUUCAUUCGGACCAGUCAGUUAAAGAAGACAUUUAAUUGUUUGAUUCAAGUGUUAUAACAGAUGAACUUUUACAUCAUUUAACAUCAUUUCUAAAUGAUCUAAAAUGCCCUAUAGAAGCAUAUAUAAGAUAACCUUAAAUAAAAGCAAACGGAAAUUAGAUAAAAGCAAAUUAGUAAAAAAAAAAAAAAAAUCAGCAUAAAAUAAUGACUCAUAAUUACCUUUUAGGGAACAACAAAUAAGAAAAACACUGUAACACGUGUUUUAUGAUAGAAAAUCUUAUGAUGAUUUUAGACUUCCUUAAUAAACACAUGCAAUCACACACAGGCUUUGCCUAUCUCUCUUAAAUGUCUGGUAUUAAUUAAAAAAAAACUUUUUUAAUUUUGAAAAACUUAAAAAGAACAGUACUUUCAAAACGGAUAAAGCCAAAAGUGGUAAAAGUGCGAAAAUCUCUAAGUAAUAUUCAUCAUCAAUUCCCUCGAACUACAGGGUAAUUGUGCAUAUAGUUUAAUAAUGGUCCCAUGGCAUGACUGAAUGAAAGUCCCUUAUACAUAAUACAUAUAUAUUUCAGAAGCAAUAAAAUGUAUAUUUAAUAGCUCACAAUAAUCUGCUGAAUAAAUACUAAUGAAUAAUAUGCAGUAAUAGAUUUCAUUGUGUUUAUUUGGCUGUAGAUAUUUAUCAACAUGCAACGUGACAUACAGAUAAUAAGCAAAUGCUGUGCUUUUACCUCGAUAGAAAAAAAAAACUUUUUUGCGCUGGUCCGUGAGACGGAUUUAUUUUUAUUGUGGCUUAUCGACCGGUAAAGAAAUAUUUAAUUUAUUUCUUAGUAUUCUCCGGCUACAGCGCAUCAACCAAUCACAAUCAGCUUUUACUUUGGGGUGGGGUGAAGACUGACCAUAAAAGGAUGGAAAAGCUGUCGAGCUGAGCUACUGAGAACAUCAUUCUCAAAGACAAAGUAAACAGGUUUAAACUAACGCCAACAUGGUUCAGUGGACUGAUGCUGAGCGCGCCGCCAUCGCUGAUAUCUUCGGAAAAAUCGACCGCGAUGUAGUUGGACCAAACGCACUUGCCAGGUGCCUUAUCGUGUACCCCUGGACCCGGAGAUAUUUCGGUGGCUUUGGGAACUUGUACAGCGCCGAUGCCAUCCUGGCGAACCCCAAGGUCGCUGCCCACGGAAAGGUUGUGUUUGGCGGGCUGGAGAAGGCUGUGAAGAACUUGGAUGACAUCAAGAAAACCUUCGCCCCGCUGAGCGAGCUGCAUUCAGAGAAGCUGAACGUGGAUCCCGAUAACUUCAGAUUGCUGGCUGACUGCCUCACCCUUGUCAUUGCUGGGCAGAUGCGCGCUGCGUUCACACCGGAAGUUCAGGCAGCGUGGCAGAAGUUUCUUGCUGUUGUUGUUUCUGCUCUCUGCAGGCAGUAUUACUAAAUUCUUUUUAUGUAAAUGGACAAAACAUAAAAAACGUUUCCUUUUUAAUAAAAGUCAAAUGAACCGCAACUGUU